CCAAGGAACCCGCGCGCCGAAGGCCAGGCCUGGGCGGAGCGCAGGGCGCGGAUGCUGGGGAGGCUGCGCCGCAGCACCCGGUUGGUCAGAACCAAGUGGGCCCGAGGCGGACGUGAGAAGGGUCGGGCCAAGAUGGCGGUGCAGGUGGUGCAGGCGGUGCAGGCGGUUCAUCUCGAGUCUGACGCUUUCCUCGUUUGUCUCAACCACGCUUUGAGCACAGAGAAGGAGGAGGUGAUGGGGCUGUGCAUAGGGGAGUUGAACGAUGAUACAAGGAGUGACUCCAAAUUUGCAUAUACUGGAACGGAAAUGCGCACAGUUGCUGAAAAGGUUGAUGCUGUCAGAAUUGUUCACAUUCAUUCUGUCAUCAUCUUAAGACGUUCUGAUAAGAGGAAGGACCGAGUUGAAAUUUCUCCAGAGCAGCUGUCUGCAGCUUCAACAGAGGCAGAGAGGUUGGCUGAACUGACAGGUCGCCCCAUGAGAGUUGUGGGCUGGUAUCAUUCCCAUCCUCAUAUAACUGUCUGGCCUUCACAUGUUGAUGUUCGCACACAAGCCAUGUACCAGAUGAUGGAUCAAGGCUUUGUAGGACUUAUUUUUUCCUGUUUUAUAGAAGAUAAAAAUACAAAGACUGGCCGGGUACUCUACACUUGCUUCCAAUCCAUACAGGCCCAAAAGAGUUCAGAGUAUGAGAGAAUUGAAAUCCCAAUCCAUAUUGUACCUCAUGUCACUAUUGGGAAAGUGUGCCUUGAAUCAGCAGUAGAGCUGCCCAAGAUCCUGUGCCAGGAGGAGCAGGAUGCGUAUAGGAGGAUCCACAGCCUCACACAUCUGGACUCAGUAACCAAGAUCCAUAAUGGCUCAGUGUUUACCAAGAAUCUGUGCAGUCAGAUGUCGGCAGUCAGUGGGCCUCUCCUACAGUGGUUGGAGGACAGACUGGAGCAAAACCAGCAGCAUUUGCGGGAAUUGCAACAAGAAAAAGAAGAGCUUAUGCAAGAACUUUCUUCUCUAGAAUAAAGCAGGAGACAAAGUGGGGAAAGAUGAAAAUAUCCAGUGUAAAGUUAAUUAAGCUAAAUCAAUUUUGAAGAAGAAAAAGUUGGAGGACUCACAUUACCUGACUUCAAGACUUACUAUAAAGCUAUAGUAAUCAAGAUAGAUGGUAUUGGCAGAGGAACAGACACAUAGAUCAAUGGAACAGUUGAGAGAGCCCAGAAAUAAACCCAUAUAAAUGUGCUAAACUGAUUUUGAAAAAGUGCAAAGCAACUCAAUGGAGGAAGAAUAGCCUUUCUGACAAAUUAUGCUGGAGCAAUUAGACACCCACAACAGGGAGAAGAAAGAACCUCUACUUAAACCUCACAUCUUAUAUAAAAUUUAACUCUAAAGGUAUAAUGGACUUAAAUGUAAUAGAUAAAACUAUAUAACUUUGAAAAAAGCCACAGGAGAAAAAUCUUCAGGAUCUUGGGCCAGUUGACAAGUUCUUGGACUUUGCCCCAAAAGCACAAUCCAUAAAAGGAAAAAACUUUUGAUUUAAGAAGAAAAGACAAGCUACAGCUUGAGAUGAAUUAUUUGCAAGCCAUCUAUCUGAUCAAUUUGGAAUAUAUAAAGUUUGCUCAAGACUCACAGUAGUUCAGGCAUGGUAGCUCAUGCUUGUAAUCUCAUCACUUUGGGAGGCCAAGUGGGAGGAGUGAUUGAGGUUAGGGAUUCAAGACCAGCCUGGGCAACAUAGUGAGACUCUGUCUCUACAAAACAUUUUUUAAAAAAUUAGCUGGGCACCAUGACACACACCAGUAAUCCCAGCUACUAGGGAGGCAGGAGGAUCACUUGAGCCCAGGAGUUUGAGGGUGGAGUAAACUAUGAUCACACCACCACACUCCAACCUGGGUAAAGGCCUUGUCUCAAAAAAAAAAAGCCACAAAAAUUCAACCAUGAGAACAGUCCAAUUAGAAAAUGGGCAAAAGACAUGAAUAUAUGUUUCACUGAAGAGGAUCUAUAAAUGGCAAGCUGUUAAACUCCAUAGUCAUCAGGGAAUGCAAAUUGAAACCACUGUGAGGCUAUGACUUACUUAUCUGAAUGGCUAAAUUAAAAAUAGUGAAAGUACCAAAUACUGAUGAGGAUACAAACUGGAUAUUUCAUACAUUGUUGACAGGCAUGGAAAAUGGCACAGCCACUCUGGAAACAGUUUAUAAAUUUCUUAUCAAGUUAAACAUAAGACCCAGCGGUUGUACCUUGGGACAGUCAUUCCAGAGAAAUGAAAACCUAUAUUGUACUUGUACCCAAAUAUUCAUAGAAGCUUUAUUUGUAAUAGCCCCAAACUGGAAACAACCCAGAUGUCCUACAACGGGUAAAUGGUUAAACAAACUAUCCAUAAUUUGCAAUACUACUCUGGAAUGAAAAGGAACCAACUGUUGAUAUAAGAACGUGGUUGUGCCUCAGAGGUAUUAUGGUGAACCAAGAAAAGCCAGUCUCAAAUGGUCAUAUACUGUCUGAUUGUAUUCAUAUAACAUUCUUGAAAUGACAAAAUCAUUGAAAUGAAGAAUAGAUUAAUGGUUGCCAGGGACAGGGACUGGAGAGGGUGUGGGGUAUGUAUGACUCUAAAGGGAUGGCAUAAGGAGUUCCUCUGUGCUGAUGGAACAGUUCUAUAUAAUUAUGAUGUUGAUUAUAGUAGUUGAUUAUGAGGUUAAGCACAUGAAUCUAUACCUGUGCUGAAGUUGCAUGGACCUACAUACACACAAAUGAAUGCAUGUAAAAUCUGAUGAUACUGAAUAAAGUUCGUAGUCUAGACAGCAGUAUAAUAUCAUUGUGAGUAUCUUGGAUAUGAAGUUGUACCUAGAGUAACAAAAGACCAUACCAUUAGAAGGAACUGGUAAAUGAUACAUGAGACUCUGUACUAUUUUUGCAACUUCCUCUAAGUAUAUAAUUAUUGCAAAAUAAAAUGUUGUAUAAGUUUUAA